AUGACUAAACGAGCUACUAUAUCACCAAAAGAAACUGAAAAAGUGCGUGUAUUAGCUCGCACGAGAAGUACUGAAAUACGCGCUGCUUAUGCACCGAAACAAAGUCGAGCAACAGCAAGCAGUGGCUCGUAAGAGAAAACAUCUUCGGAAAAAUCUGUAAGCACAAACGGUUACUGAUAGAAACAAAAAUCCUAAAAGUAGUGACACUGAAUAACCAAAACCUAUUGAAAUGGACUGCACGAUUAACUGCUCAAAAAACUCCAGUCAACAUAUGUCGAUGAGUUCUCUAGCAGAGAAUAUUUGUGGCAUUUGUAAUGUUCGUUGCUAUAAGAGUGACCUCUGACACAUACCCUUGUGCGAAAUUCCAUCGACUGAAUUGAUUAGAGUACAUAAUGAUCUUUAUGACAUAAUUUCUAUUAUGCAACGAAUGAGCAAGUUCCAUUCAAAAGAUAAGUUUAACAAGAAUGACGAUCUUAGUUUAUCUUUCGGUCGAGACGAAAGAGAAGCAGCUGGAUCAUUGUAACACUUAGACUAGCAAGACUAAUCAGAUUUCUUUUUAUUAUAGAUAUGAAUAUAAAAUCAUCAAUGGAUGAUCAAUCGUUUACUUGGGUAAACAGUAUAUUUCUCUAUAAAGCAAGGAGUCAUAAAGCUUUUGAUAAAAAGAGACAAUCUUCUGUAUAAUGCGACAUUUGUACAAAAUGUUGGCAGUUCGUGGUGAAAGCAAAAAUACGCAAGUUUUCAGCUGCCAAUAAAAUAUAAAGGGGAGAUGUGACAAAAAAUUACAAGGAUUAACCAUUCCCGAGCAAAGACUUAUUGCUCUCUACCAACACAAUAGCUGCAUUGUGAAAUUAUAUUCGUCUUUUCACUCGAUAAGCAUAGCUCAAUCAACUUUAAAAGGCAACUGCAUAAGCUUUCCUCAAGAUACUAUUAACAUAGCUACUACUCUGCCAUUAGAAUUAGAUGAUCUAUGUGAUUCUCUAAAAAUUAUUUUUGUUAAUUGUCGCACUCCACAAAGAAGUCAACUAAAAAAAUAUUUUGACUGUUCGAAAAACAAAGGUUUCUGAUGCACUUAAAUGACUUAGUCCAAACAAUCUACUCCAUCGAUAUGUUACAUUUAAUCAAUCAACACUCAAUAAAUUAUUUGAGAAUGAUGCCCCAGAGUGUUCCUGGACAACAAUGGAAAUUUCCGCUGAGGUGAAAGCGGUUGAAAACGAAAGGACAUCUUAUAUUCUUAACCCUCUGAUCAAUGCAUCUGAGUCCAACACGACAACAGCUAUACCAAUAACUGCGAGGUAAAGCAAAAAGGCAUUGAUAUUUGUAUCUACCACUGCUUGUAUUGUAGUGUUAUCUUGCAUGUUAACGGCACCAAAAUUUCGUUUGAUGACUUUGUUGAACAUCUUUUAGAAUGAAUAAAGGUACAAAUUGGUCAUAAAACGCUGGAAAAAGACAUCGAGGAAAACGUUGAACAAGAUACUCUGUACAUAAUUCUUCAUGGUAACAAACCGGCCAAUGAAUAUUCUAAUCCAAAUCUUUUAUUGGGUAUAUUUCUUACAUUUUUUCCGUAUGGAUGUGAUACACUUGAAGAUUACUCUCGACCAGCCCAAAUUAAUUUUUGUGAGCAUCUUAGAUAUCUUCUUUCGUACGGAGAUCAUCGUUUUGAAGAACACUACUCAUCCAUAUUUGUUGUCUUCAAUAUUUUACAACGCCGAAUCGCGUGCUUCCAUGCCCAAUUAAUAACAUCAAGGCCGUACUUUCAGCAAUCCGCACAACUUCUUGAAUUAUUGAGUUCUGAAGAUGUAACAACGGCCCUUGUCAACAUCUCAAAAGCGUCUUAUUCCAAAGUUACUAAUGAAAGAAUAAAUACGCUCAUGAAGCAUAUCAAAGUGGUUGGUGGUCAUGUUAUGGAUUCAGUUCAUUCGCGGUCGACUCUUCGUACGAAAAUUCAUUCUUUGUGUUUUAAUCUCGGUCUUCCAACUCUCUUCCUACCAAUCAAUCCAGCCGACAUACAUAGUCCAGUGGCAUUUAUUUUGCAGGUGUUGAUCCAAAUCUUGACAAAGUUCUGCCAGAAGUGUUGGGCACAAGUUAUGAAUAUGCUCAAAUUAUCGCAACACAUCCUAUUGCUACUGCAAAGCUCCUU